AUGACAGUCUAUCAAGUUCCAGGGCAUUUUUGCCAUGCCAGAUGGCAACCAUGGGUUCUAACGCCAUUCUGGAUACUCCAGUUUACCAUGCUGUUGAGUAUGACGGGAAUUUUCAUCUUCCGCCUCAUCGAGACGUCAAACCAACCAUUGGUCAAAGGCAAGAGCCAAAACGAUCUGAUAUUGCAGCAUGUAUGGGAGGCGACAAAUGUGGCGUUUCCCUUAAUUGCGGCGGGACUGACGGGCGCCGAAGUCGUCAGGUUCUUCAAUAAGAAUAUAACCCCGUCCUGGAUGGUGCUCUCCCACAUCCUAAAAACCUUUUUCGCCAGUGUCGUCUUGGCUCUCGACGUUACGGUCUAUGUCAAGAGGGUUAAAGACCCAUACGUCACUCCGGGUUUGGCAAUUGGCUGUGCUUUGGUGUUUAUCACAAGUGUACCGGCUGUGUAUAUUACUGUGGUUUACCGUCGACUUAUGAAGCACGAGUACCAUCACCCAGGUUGUCAGGGUCUCAAGAAGCCCAAUCUUUCUGGUAGGAAGGAAGGCGAUAAGGCACCAUCAUUAAGUCUAACCACACCCCUGAGCGACAGUGGAUCGCUGGAGAAAGGUGACGACAAAAUGGGUGCAUACUUCACCACCGAGACUGGGGACGACAUGGUCAAGAAGGAGGAAUCUGGCCCAGGGCUGCAACGUUCCAGGACAAAGAGGCUCUCCCUCGCCAGCUUCAAGUCCCUCACACGGACCAAGACUAUCUCUAGUCGCAAGCCCCCCACUAGUCCAGCACCCUACGAUGUUGCCGAUCGAGAGAGCACGGAUUCCAACCAGUGGACAGCGCCAGCCGAUUUACCGCUCGAGAAGUACACGCACGAGCGAUGCACGGCCUUUGACGAAUUCAUACAGCGGAGACUGUCAAGCGACGACAUGGACAGGCCUGAUGGCAGCUGGAUGGGAGGUGCCGCCGGCUCGUACCGGCCUCGGCCCUCAAAUCUCGACUUCUUCUCGGCAAGCAGGAGAUCCAGUGGCUACUCUAUCAACAGCUCACUGCAUUCCCCUCUGGGCCUGCCGAGGGCGCCACUUCCCAUGCCGACGGCUCUUAUUGGCAGUUCAAGGGUAACGAGCCGGAACAGCCACAUCGGCGUGCUGGGAUCGGUCCCAGAGACGGCCGAACCGAACGGAGAGACCAGCCCACAGCAGCAAAGACACUUCAGCAUGGGCAGGUUACGAAGUAUGGCACCAGAUCCUUCGUGGACCCCUGAACCGAUGCGGAGGGUCACCAUCUCUGGCACGGAUGCACGAAGUAGCAAAUAUGAGCCGAUGAAAGGCGAAUGGCCGCUCCGCGCCGAUUCCGAUGUGUGGGUGCCGGCAUCAGCUUUCGAACUUGAAUCUCAGCCCCUGCAUCACAAUGACGGGUCGCCAUGA